AUGACAACCAUGCUAAUUGAGGUUUAUGACAUGUUUGCCCCUGCAGAGAGUAAAGGAUUCAUCAAGAUGAGAUGUUAUUACUGCCGCCAUAUCCAGUUUAAACGCAUUCAUACUCAUAGUGAAAAGCUCAGUUUAGGUUAUUCUAAUUAUGCGUUUGAAUCCACACCCUUCAUCCCAAUUAUCGUCACUACAUCUUUUAAAUCAUACAUGUCUUCAAAUGUCCAAAGUUGUGAAACCUUUUGUGUAUUUGAAUUUCAGCGUCUAUCUGUGGAUCUCUCUUUUUGCUGGCAAUUUCCUUAUCUGAAGAAUUGGUCAUAUUUUGUUCGUACAAUCUAA